ACUCGACACUCUCAGGUUAAAUCCAUUCACCUGAAUCCAGACACUGCUCCACUCCUCCCGCCGAGCUCCGCUCUUCUCCCCUUUCUCUCUCUAGGUCCGCCACUGCGCCACUACCACCACCUCCGCCGACAAACUGGAAGCUCAGCUCAGAUCAGCAAGUGACUCCGCCGCGCCAAUUUCCGGCGGAGACUUCAAUUCUUCCACCUUCAUCUUCUAGCUCGGGAAUGACUUCUUCGGAAGCUGAUUCCCGCUUAAACCAAGUCCUGAUCCCCGCGCUCGAGAAGAUCCAGAAAAAUGCUUCGUGGCGCAAGCAUUCCAAGCUUGGCUCCGAGUGCAAAUCCGUUAUCGAGCACCUCACCUCACCCAAUCGAAACCCUAGCGCCGCGUCGCCUCCUACUUCGGCGUCCGCGGAAUCCGAUGCCAAUGCGUCUUUGCUGCAGGGUGUCCUUCUAGAUCUUUCCCUGUACGAUUCUGAGAUCGUUCUCAGUCCACUCAUCAACGCACUCUCCGCGAACUACCUCAAAGUCUCCGAGCCUGCUCUUGAUGCGGUCCAGAAAUUGGUCGCCCAUGGGUACUUGCACGGCGAAGCGGACCCCAGCGGCGGGGCGGAUUCUAAGUUGCUCUCGAAAUUGAUCGAUUCAGCUUGCAAGUGCCACGAAUUGGGAGACGAGAAUGUGGAGCUGUUGGUUAUCAAGUCGCUUCUUUCGGCGGUUACGUCGGCUUCACUACGACUGCACGGUGAUUGUCUGCUGCAAGUGGUGAGGACUUGCUAUGAUAUAUAUUUGAAUAGUAAGAAUCUGGUGAAUCAGACGACCGCCAAGGCGUCGUUGGUUCAGAUGCUUGUUAUUGUGUUUAGGAGAAUGGAGGCCGAUUCGUCAACGGUGCCAUUACAGCCUAUUGUGGUGGCAGAGCUUAUGGAACCAGUAGAGAAGGCGGAUGUGGAUGGUUCCAUGGUUUUCGUUCAGGGUUUCAUUACUAAGAUAAUGCAGGAUAUAGAUGGAGUUUUCAGCCCUAGUACCCCCAGUGGUGUCGCAGGAUCAGGGGUCAUGGCCCAUGAUGGGGCAUUUGAAACAAAGACCUCAACCGUGGAGAGCACAAAUCCGGCGGAUUUGUUGGACUCAACAGAUAAGGAUAUGUUGGACGCUAAGUAUUGGGAGAUCAGCAUGUAUAAGACGGCAUUAGAGGGUAGGAAAGGAGAGUUAGCAGACGGUGAGGGAGAAAGGGAUGAUGACUUGGAGGUGCAGAUUGGAAACAAGUUGAAGAGGGAUGCUUUUUUAGUUUUCCGGGCUUUGUGUAAGCUCUCCAUGAAGACUCCACCCAAAGAUGCUGCUGCGGACCCCCAGGCAAUGAAGGGGAAGAUCGUGGCAUUGGAAUUGCUCAAAAUUUUACUGGAAAACGCCGGGGCAAUAUUUAGGACUAGUGAAAGAUUUUUAGAUGCUAUAAAGCAGUACUUGUGUUUAUCACUAUUGAAGAACAGCGCUUCAACUCAUAUGAUCGUGUUCCAGCUUUCUUGCUCCAUAUUUGUAAGCCUGGUGUCUCGUUUUAGAGCUGGAUUGAAAGCAGAAAUAGGGGUAUUUUUUCCUAUGAUUGUUCUCCGAGUGCUAGAAAAUGUUGUGCAACCCAAUUCUCAGCAAAAGAUGACAAUCCUUCGUUUUCUGGAGAAGCUUUGUGUAGAUUCACAGAUCUUGAUGGACAUAUUUCUCAAUUAUGACUGCGAUGUUAAUGCUUCCAAUAUAUUUGAGAGAAUGGUCAAUGGACUACUUAAAACUGCUCAGGGUGUUCCACCUGGUGUUUCAAGCACACUUCAGCCCCCGCAAGAUGCUAGUUUGAAGCUUGAAGCUAUGAGAUGCUUAGUUGCUAUCCUGAAAUGCAUGGGUAGCUGGAUGAACAAACAAUUGCGGAUUCCAGAUAUUCAGUCAUCAAAGAAACUAGAUGCUGUAGAUAAUGGUUCUAAUACUGGGAGUCCCCCUUACUCAAAUGGCAGUGUAGAUGAGACAACUGAAGGAUCAGAUACACAGUCUGAAGCCUCAAGUGAAGUUUCUGAUGUUUCAACCCUAGAGCAGCGCCGUGCCUAUAAACUUGAACUUCAGGAAGGCAUCUCUCUUUUUAACCGGAAACCCAAGAAAGGUAUCGAGUUCCUGAUAAAUGCAAAUAAGGUGGGAAACUCUGCAGAAGAGAUAGCAGCAUUUCUUAAAAAUGCAUAUGGUCUGGAUAAAACUCUGAUUGGUGACUAUUUGGGUGAAAGGGAAGAUAUGCCGCUAAAAGUAAUGCAUGCUUACGUGAAUUCGUUUGAAUUCCAAGGGUUGGAGUUUGAUGAGGCUAUCAGGGUCUUCCUACAGGGCUUUAGGUUGCCUGGCGAGGCACAAAAAAUUGACCGCAUCAUGGAGAAGUUUGCUGAGAAGUACUGCAAAUGUAAUCCAAAAACCUUUACAAGUGCUGAUACAGCUUAUGUGCUAGCAUACUCUGUCAUACUACUGAACACUGAUGCACACAACCCUAUGGUGAAGAACAAGAUGUCAGCUGAGGAUUUUAUAAGGAACAAUCGCGGGAUUGAUGAUGGAAAAGAUCUACCUGAGGAGUACUUGAGAUCAUUGUAUGAGCGGAUAUCUAGAAGUGAGAUCAAAAUGAAAGAAGAUAAUCUGUCCGUCCAACAGAAGCAGUCUGCGAACCCGAACAGAGUUUUAGGGCUGGAUAGCAUACUAAACAUUGUUAUUCGUAAGCGUGGGGUAGACAGUUUGGAGACCAGUGAUGACCUUAUGAGACACAUGCAGGAGCAGUUCAAAGAAAAAGCUCGCAAGUCAGAGUCAGUUUAUUAUCCUGCAAUAGAUACGGUGAUCCUCAAGUUCAUGAUUGAAGCAUGUUGGGCUCCAAUGCUGGCUGCUUUCAGUGUUCCUCUUGACCAAAGUGAUGAUGAAAUUGUGAUAGCCCUCUGCUUAGAGGGCUUUCGUAGUGCAAUCCAUGUCACUGCAGGAAUGUCCAUGAAAACUCAUAGAGAUGCUUUUUUGACAUCAUUAGCCAAGUUUACUUCACUCCACUCACCUGCUGAUAUUAAAAGGAAAAACAUUGAUGCAAUCAAGGUUAUCGUCACCAUAGCAGACGAGGAUGGUAACUAUUUACAGGAUGGCUGGGAACAUAUAUUAACAUGUGUUUCACGGUUUGAGCAUUUGCACCUAUUGGGUGAAGGAGCACCACCAGAUGCUGCUUUCUUUGCAAUCCAGCAGAAUGAAUUCGACAAAUCUAAACAAGGCAAAUCAAAUAUUCUUCCUAUUUUAAAAAAGAAGGGUGCUGGGAAGAUUCAGAAUGCAGCUUCUGCAAUGAGGAGGGGUUCUUAUGAUAGUGCUGGUAUGGGUGGUAAUGUUGCUGCUGGAAUUACAUCUGAACAGAUGAACAACUUGGUCUCUAACUUAAACAUGUUGGAACAAGUUGGUGAUGUUAACCGCAUAUUUAUACGGAGCCAAAAACUGAAUAGUGAGGCAAUAGUUGAUUUUGUAAAGGCUCUUUGCAAGGUAUCUAUGGAUGAACUGCGAUCGACAUCUGAUCCUCGGGUUUUCAGCCUCACGAAGAUUGUUGAGAUCGCGCACUACAACAUGAACCGUAUUAGGCUUGUAUGGUCAAGGAUUUGGCAAGUACUCUCUGAUUUUUUUGUGAACAUUGGCUGUUCAGAAAACCUUUCUAUUGCAAUAUUUGCAAUGGACUCUUUGCGCCAGUUAUCAAUGAAAUUCUUGGAAAGAGAAGAAUUGGCUAACUAUAACUUUCAGAAUGAGUUCAUGAAGCCUUUUGUAAUUGUGAUGCGCAAGAGUAGUGCUGUUGAAAUCCGAGAAUUGAUUAUCAGAUGUGUUUCUCAAAUGGUAUUGUCCCGAGUCAAUAAUGUCAAAUCAGGAUGGAAGAGUAUGUUCAUGGUCUUCACAACAGCUGCUUAUGAUGAUCAUAAGAACAUUGUCCUCCUCUCAUUCGAAAUCAUUGAGAAGAUUGUUCGUGAUUAUUUCCCAUAUAUCACUGAAACUGAAUCUACUACUUUUACGGACUGUGUGAAUUGUUUAAUUGCAUUCACCAAUACUAGAUUCAACAAAGAAAUUAGUCUUAAUGCCAUUGGUUUCCUUCAGUACUGUGCCGAAAAACUUGCUGAAGGAGAUCUAGGGAAGGAAGCUCAUAAUGUGGCUUCUCCAUCUUCUCCUCAAACUGGUAAAGAAAGAAAAGGUGACAACGGGGAACCUGCAAAUAGGGUGGACGAUCUCUAUUUAUGGUUUCCUUUGUUGGCAGGUUUAUCUGAACUGAGCUUUGACCCAAGGCCUGAAAUCAGGAAGAGUGCCGUACAAUUAUUAUUUGAUACUUUGCGCAACUAUGGGCAACAUUUCUCCCUAACCUUGUGGGAGAAGAUCUUUGAAUCUGUCCUGUUUAGAAUAUUUGAUGAUGCUCGGCGUGCCAUUGAUCCAUCCAGUGAUGAGUCUGCACACAUAGACAAUGGUAACAUGGAGGAACUCGGUCAAGAUUCGUGGCUUUAUGAGACAUGCACAUUGGCUCUGCAAUUAGUUGUAGAUCUUUUUGUUAAUUUCUAUGAUACAGUACAUCCCCUUCUGAAGAAGGUGCUGAUGCUAAUGGUUAGUUUUAUCAAAUGUCCUCAUCAAAGCCUUGGUGGUAUUGGUAUUGCUGCUUUUGUUCGCCUAAUGAGCAAUGCUGGGGAGAUGUUCUCUGAAGACAAGUGGUUGGAUGUGGUUUCAUCUCUCAAAGAAGCGUCAAACGGAACACGUCCUGAUUUUUCCUUUUUCCUUGAUGACAAUUGCAAAACCGAGGCCGAGGGAGAUCUGACUGAAAGCAGUCGUGAGGAAUCUGCUGGGGCAGUUACCUCCAAUGAUGAUUUGGAUAAUAACUUAAGGAGACGUCGUCUGUAUACAGCUAUAUCUGAUAUCAAAUGCCGAGCUGCAAUUCAGCUUUUAUUAAUACAGGCUAUAGUGGAGAUCUACAAUAUGUACAGAGCUCAAUUAUCAGUUAAAAACACUGUUAUCCUUUUUGAUGCUGUACAUGCUGUGGCAAUUCAUGCUCACAAGAUAAAUAGUGAUGGAGUGCUACGUCACAAGCUCCAGGAACUUGGGUCCAUGACGCAAAUGCAGGAUCCUCCUCUACUUCGCCUUGAGAAUGAAUCUUACCAGAUUUGCCUCACAUUUCUGCAGAAUCUUGCACUGGAUCGACCUCCUAGUUAUGACGAGUCAGAAGUGGAGUCUUAUCUUGUCAACCUCUGCCAGGAGGUCUUGCAAUUCUACAUUGUAGUUGCCUGCUCGGGACAUCUCCCCGACUCAUCUCUUGACAGAAAACCAUACUGGACGAUACCUCUAGGAUCUGGGAGACGAAGAGAACUGGCUGCACGAGCACCUCUUAUGGUUGCUACUCUACAGGCUAUAAGUACCUUAGGAGAUUCUUCAUUCCAGAAGAACUUGUCUUGCUUCUUUCCCUUGUUUUCGAGCCUGAUAAGUUGUGAGCAUGGUUCAAAUGAGGUCCAACUGGCCCUGAGUGAUAUUCUGAACUCAUCAGUGGGUCCUGUUCUCCUAGGUUCGUGUUGAUCUCUGACCCACACCCUUUUUCAGAUGUAUGAUAUUUCUGAGGUUUUUCAAUUCUUUUGUUACACAAAUGAUUCGCAAGUACAGGCUUUUAGAGUGUGCUUAUGUUGUUUGUAUCGGUUGAUUUGGGCUAUUCUUGUAUAAUGAUGAGUAAGUAUAUAGGAGCUGGAGGCCUUAGAUAUGGUGCUCCAUUUUUAGAACAAUGUUUUUGGUGAAGAAAACGGAAAUAUCAUUGUGUUAGUUA